UCUCUUUGCAGCUUGCAGCCGUAUGUAGUGUUAGAUGCAGCGCUCACAAGCAAUUUCAGUCCUUAGUACAUUUGUGCAAGCUUGUUAGAGUAAAGACACACAUGCGUCCUUGGACUAAUCGCUAAUUUUGUAUUUAUUUUUUGUUAUAUUUAAUUUUCAAAUGACUAUGGGUACUGCUGUAGCUGUGCAGAAAAAGAAGAGAAAAGAUUUUAUACCUUACUUUCUGGGAUUUGUAAUAUUUUUGUAUUGCACGGUCAGUCUCCUUUCAGUAACAGCAAAAACAGCACAGGGAAGUCACUCUGUCAGGGUGCGUCGGGCCGUGGAGAAUGAGACCGAAUGCAUCCCGCCACAGUCCUCCGAGUUUCCUGAAGGCUUCUUCACAGUGCAGGAGAGGAAGGAUGGAGGGCUCAUCAUUUAUUUUAUGCUUAUUUUCUACAUGCUUUUGGCUGUCGCUAUAGUCUGCGACGAUUACUUUCUGCCAUCAUUAGAAGUAAUCAGUGAACGUCUGGGAUUGUCACAGGACGUAGCAGGAGCCACAUUUAUGGCAGCUGGAAGUUCUGCACCUGAACUUGUCACAGCCUUCCUAGGUGUGUUUGUGACAAAAGGCGACAUUGGGGUCAGCACCAUUGUGGGAUCGGCUGUCUACAACCUGCUAGGAAUCUGUGGUGCCUGUGGACUUUUAGCCUCUAUGGCUGGGCGUCUCACCUGUUGGUCACUAUUCAGGGACUGCCUGGCAUAUGGGAUCAGUGUCGCUGCUGUCAUUGGCAUUAUUUCAGAUAACAAGGUUUACUGGUAUGAUGCUGCCUGUCUCCUGCUGGUCUAUGGCGUUUACAUUGUGGUUCUGUGCUUUGACCUUCGCAUCAGUGAGUUUGUCUUGAGGAAGCUGAGUCCUUGCUGCACGUGUCUGGGUUCAGGUUCUGGUGAAAAGAUUGAGACACAGCGUCUGCUGGGCUGGAAUGACGACACCAGCUUGCGAGUCCACAGUCGCUCCAGAACAGACAGUGGGAUCUUCCACGACGAGUCGGGAUACUCUCACCUGUCCCUCAGCCUACACGGACUCAAUGAGAUUCCUGAGGAGCAUAAAAGUGUCUUUGCCGUCCCGGAGAGCGACCUGAAAAGGAUUCUCUGGGUACUCCUGCCUAUCAUCACUCUGCUUUUCCUCACCAUCCCUGACUGCAGGAGAAGGUUCUGGAAGCAGUGGUUCAUGAUCACUUUCCUCAUGUCAGCAGUCUGGAUCUCAGCUUUUACAUAUGUGCUGGUGUGGAUGGUCACUGUAGUCGGGAAAGCUGAUAUGGCCAUGUCCAACAUCGUGGGCUCUAACGUGUUUGACAUGCUGUGCCUGGGUUUGCCUUGGUUCAUCAAAACUGCCUUUGUGGACACAAACAACCCUGUAGAGGUCAACAGCACCGGACUGGUCUUCAUUUCCUCCACACUUCUCCUUUCAAUCGUCUUCCUUUUCGUAGCCGUGCACAUCAACGGAUGGAAGUUGGAUUGGAAGUUGGGAAUCGUUUCGCUCAUAUGCUACAUCCUCUUUGCCACUCUGUCCAUCCUUUAUGAGCUGGGAAUUAUUGGGAAUAAUCCCCUAAGACUGUGCAGCGACUGAGAUCUGACCUUCUCAGGACUAAAGCCAUAUUUUCUGAGACAAAACAAAAACGUUAAGCUUUUAAAAAUUUACAAAUAUCAAGUUUCUUCGGCGCACAUACCUGAUGGUCACAUCUCAGUGAACUAUUGGUAAUAUAAUUACCAAAGGUGGCAGUGUUCCUAGGAUCCAUGGGCGUGUUCACCAAGAUCCAGACAAGACCAGUAUCAUCACAAGGCCCAUCUUCACAUUCCAAGACAUUCCCUGUCUUACAUAAGGGUCAUGAACAAAAAGCUACUGCUCCCACAGGUUUACUGCAGAUUUCCAAUAAGAAAAGAAAUAAAAGGUUUAAACUGAACUCAUUUGGCCUUGUCCUUUUUAAGAGGAUGACUGAGCUAAGACAAAAAGACUUAUUUCUCUGAUAAGCUUUUAUGAGCGAGAAAGAAUGGUAGGAGCCAUAAAUAGUAAAAAAAAAAAAAAAAAAAAAAAAAAAA